AUGGUACUUUUCUGUGGAAUAUAUUACUGUGAGCAGAACUACAGACAGACUGAAAGAAUUAUCCGAAUAAUAGAUCACAUCCUUAUCGAGAAGAAAAUAUCAAAGGAGAUACAAGAAACCCUCAGGGAUUUCAAGAGUCUGAUCAUGUCAAGACCUAUCAACUACCACGCAAUGAACUUCUAUCGGCUCAACUACGCCACUAUUGUUUCAAUGUCAUCAGUUAUCGUUACAUAUACGAUAAUUCUCUUGCAAAAUUUAUAA